AUGAGGAAGUAUCUCUCUAGAGAUUUGGUCAGAUGUGGUGUCACAAGGUUUGCUACAACAUAUCUUAACUUGAAGAGUUUGCUUGAAAACAAGAAGCAAUUGCAGAGGCUGUUUAGGGAAGAUGAGCUCAAUGAACUAGGUUACCUGAAGAGUGUCAAAGGUAAGAAAGCACACAAGAUUGUGACAAGUGAAUCUUUUUGGAAGGGUGUUCAAACUGCUGUAAAUUUCUUUGAGCCAUUAGCUGUUGUGUUGAGGAGAAUGGAUAGUGAUGUGCCAGCAAUGGGGUUCCUAUAUGGGUAUCUACAAGAGGCUAAGAAUGAGAUCUCUAGGAGGUUCAACAAUGAUAGAAAAAAGUAUGAGGAAGUUUUUCAGUACAUUGACAAAAGGUGGGACAGCAUGCUGAAGACACCUUUGCAUAGGGCUGGUUACUACUUGAACCCCUUCUACUAUUAUCAAAACAAGAAGGCUAUAGAGGACAAUGAGUCAUUCAGAGAUGGUGUAAUAACAUGCAUCACAAAGCUUGUUCCAGAUGAAGAUACUCAAGACAAGAUUAUUGAAGAGCUUCAAAGGUUUCAAGAUGCAGAAGGAUCAUUUGGCAAAGAUAUUGCUAAAAGGCAGUGCAAAAAUAUUCAUUUUGUUCCAGCUAAGUGGUGGCUCAACCAUGGAAGUAGUGCACCAAACCUCAGAAAGUUAGCUGCUAGAAUUCUAAGUUUGACAUGCAGUUCAUCAGCUUGUGAGAGAUGCUGGAGUUCAUUUGAACAAGUCCACACAAUGACAAGAAACAGGCUUCUUCAUGACAGAAUGAGGGAUCUUGUCUACAUCAAGUUCAACUGUAGACUAAGACAAAAGAAAGACAACAAGGAUAAAGAUCCUCUUGAGAAACACGUGCUUGAUGUUUUAGAAGAUGAAGACAAUGAAUGGAUCACUGGUAUUGAGCCAACAGAGGAAGAUCCAUUGCAGAAGGGAGAAACUGGAGCAUCAUCACAGGGAGUUGCACCUCCACCUCAAAGAGAAGAAACAAGGAGGGGAGGAAACAGGAAUAAGAAGAGGAAGAGAUUGAGAUUGAUCCCUACUUCUUUUGAGGAUGAAGAGUUAUCUGCUCCAUCUUCUGAUGGGGAAGAAGACACUGAAAUGCCUUCUUAUCUUAGUUCUGAACUUGGUUCAGAUUCACUUUCUCACAGUGAAUGA